AUGAUUGUAUUGACGCCCAAGAUCUAUGUUGCCUCCCUCAUUGUCUCUCUGGCCGGCUUCCUAUUUGGCUACGAUGCGGGCGCGAUCGGACCCGUCACCGAGAUGCCAUACUUCUUCCACCUGAAUCCCAUUCCUCGCGGUAUGGUCGUUGCGACCAUCUUGUUCUCUGCUUUACCCUUCUCCCUCGCGGCUGGACCCCUCGCAAACAAGGACGGACGCGUCCCAAUAGUCGCCAUCGGCGGCGUGCUCGGCAUCGCUGGAAACCUCAUCUUCUGCUCUUCCUUCUCGCUCGCGCAAUUUAUCGUGGGACGAGCCGUUGUCGGUGCUGGUCAGGGGUUCUACUUCACCAUCAGUGGUGUCUGGCAGGUCGAGAGUGCGCCUGAUGCUAUUCGGAGACAGAUUGGCGCCAUGACACUCCUCCUGUUUCCCUUCGGCCUCGCCAGCGGAUACUUCAUCAGCUACGGCACGGUCCAAAUCGACUCUACUGCUUCCUGGCGCCAGGUCACAGGCGUACAUGGCGUCGUAUCCCUCGUCAUGACUCUCCUACUACUGGUCUGUUUGACAGCACUGGCGCAUUGGUACCUCAUCGACCGCAUCGGGCGGCGCAUCAGUAUCGCCAUCGGCGCACUCGGUAUGGCCGUCUGCUUGUUCAUCAUCGGAGCUCUCGCUGCAAGUUCCGUUACCAACUCAUUCGCUGUCCAGUGGAACAGUAUCUGUCUCAUCAUCCUAUACACUGUUUUUUGUCAAGUCUUCUUUGUCGGUCAGAUCCUCGUCGUAGCUGGCGAGAUCCUGCCAAACGAAAUCAGAUCCACCGUAUCCUCCUUCGGUCGAGCAGCACUAACCAUCGGCAACAUCAUUCUCGCCGUCGCUACGCCAAGAUGGUUCGAAAUCAGCGAUGUGUCCGUCAUGUUCACUUUGGGUGGCUUCAAUCUCUUCUCGGUCACUUUGGCCAUUUUCUGA